UCAAGUCCAGUGAACCCGACACCGCGCAGACCAAGACGGGCAAGCCCACCCCACCAUGGCGCUGCUCGCCGCCGCCGCGCGCCGCCUCCCUCGCCACCACCUCCUCCUCCAAACCCGCUGCCUCACCACCACCUCCUCACCUUCCCCUCCCCCUCCAGACCCCGACCCCCGCACCGCGCCGUCCCUCGUCCGCACUCCCCCAGACGAGCAGUUCGCAGCGUGGGUCACGCGCCUUCGCCCGGGCUUCACCGCCUCCGACCUGGCCGCCGCCAUCUCCUCCGAACCCGACCCCGACCUCGCUCUCGCGCUCUUCCGCUGGGCCGCGCUCCGCCCGGGGUUCCGCCACGCGCCCGAGUCCUACCUCGCCGCACUCGUCGCCGCCUCCUCGGGCCGCCGCCCCGCGGCCGCCGAGGCACUCGUCCACGACGUCCUCGCGGGGGCCUGCGCGCCCGACCUCCGCCUCUUCAACGCCUGUCUCCGCUUCUGCUGCGCGCGCCGCAGCCUCUUCCCGCUCGCCUUCGACAUGUUCAACAAGAUGCGCGCCCUGCCCACCUCCGCCGGCUGCCGCCCGGACGUAGAGAACUACACGCUCCUCCUCACCGCCGUCGUCCGCCGCGUGCGCCGCCCGCCGGCUUCCAUGGUUUACCUCCACGCCGUCCGUUCCCUCUCCCGCCAGAUGAAGGCCUCCGGCGUGGUCCCGGACACCUUCCUGCUUAACCUCAUCAUCAAGGCGUACGCACGAUGCCUUGAGAUAGACGAUGCCCUCAAGGUGUUCCGUGAAAUGCCGCUGUACGGCUGUGAGCCGAAUGAGUUCACCUACGGCUACAUUGUUAAGGCCAUGUUCCAGAAGGGUUGGACAGACAAGGGGAUGGCGUAUUUUGGGGAGACGAGGGACAAGGGAUUUGUGCCAAGUGGUGGUGUGUACAUGAUCGCCGUGUCGGCGCUGGCGUUAGAGUGGAGGUUCGAGGAAUCAAGACGGGUACUGUUGGAUAUGUUGGAUAGCCAGAGGAAGCCGGAUAUGAUCACCUACAGAACACUGCUGGAGGAGAUGUGUCGGGCUGGACGGACAGAGGAGGCAUUUGAGGUGCUGGAGGAGCUGAAAGGGAGAAAGCGAGGGCCAUUGGACCAGAGGAUGUAUUCAGAAUUGCUCGAUGGGCUGCACUGGAUUUCACAGCCUCAUCGGGACAGUCAUCCUGUCCAUGACAAGGGUUCUGAUGAUUGAAAUGAUCAAUAUAUUGACCCGCUAUUAUGUGGCGAUCAUGGUCAUUCAGAAUCAAAUGAACGACCAGUUCUGGUUGAGAAGACUGGCUACCUCUGCUUGAAGGAUUCACAGUGAAUUGAUGCAGAAGAGUUACUCCAUCUCACAUAAGUUCUAGCAUGAUUGAUGCAACCCAAGGUGUAGGGAAGAUCUGCAGAAUGCCUUAUGGGAUAUGUGGAAUCAAAAUUCUUGCUUUGUUGGCAUGCCCUUGGCGACUACUGUCGGGAUGGUAGCUGAUAAAUCCUGAACUGGGAUAAAUCCUGUCAAUGACAAAUUCUGAAAUAAAUCCUGCACGACCAUUCGGAAAAGUUGUUCUAGGUAUCACAUAUGACAUGAAUAGCUACACAAGAAUUGCAGUGUGUUACUUUUGUAUUGAUUUAGCUCAUAAAGUCUAAAACUGAUAAAUGAUACUACGUAUUUAUACCUGCUAUCUGUACUUCUCUAGUUUCUGUACUGGUGUUCAAAAUACAGAUCUUGUAUCCUGUAUGAUUGAUAUAAGUUGGUACAUUCUUGCAUAAUUGAGAUGCUUAUCUGUGUGUCCAGCCCAUUUACUUGUAUCGAAAUAGUGAGGAUACAACACAAA